GGCCACGGAGCCACGGCCAAACCAAUCUCCCAGUUUCUCUCACCACUAUCCAUCCUCUUUCUCUCCAUCUUCCCCUCCCAUGGAUCCCGACAACGAAGUCCAACUCGACCUCUUCCCCUUCAUCCGCAUCUACAAGAGCGGCCGCAUCGAGCGCCUCCUCGGCACCGACGUCGUCCCCGCCUCCGUUGACCCCGCUACCGGCGUCACCUCCAAAGACGUCACCAUCGACCCAUCCACCGGCGUCUCCGCCCGCCUCUACCUUCCCACCACCACCGACAACAAAAACAAGCUUCCCAUCCUCAUCUACAUCCACGGCGGCGGCUUCGUCAUCGAGACCGCCUUCUCCCCAACCUACCACAACUACCUCAACUCCCUCGUCUCCCAAGCCCAGAUCCUCGCCGUCUCCGUCGAGUACCGCCGGGUCCCGGAGCACCCGCUCCCCGCCGCGUACGACGACGCCUGGGCCACCGCCAAGUGGGUCGCCUCCCACGCCGGUGCAAGCGGCGGCCCCGAGCCUUGGCUCUCCGAGCACGGCGACUUCAACCGCGUCUUCUUGGCCGGCGACAGCGCCGGCGCCAACAUCGCCCACAACGUGGUGCAGCGCGCCGGGACGACAGAUCUCGGAUCUGGGGUGCGGAUCAAAGGGUUGCUUUUGGUCCAUCCGUUCUUCUGGGGGUCGAAGCCCGUGGGGUCGGAGAGCAGGGACCCGGAGCCGAGGAGGAAGACGGAGGAGUUGUGGAGGUUCGCGUGCCCGGGUACGACCGGGGUGGACGACCCUUGGAUUAAUCCGCUGGCCGAGGGGGCGCCGGGGUUGGAGGGGUUGCCGUGCGAGCGGGUGCUGGUGACGGUGGCGGAGAAAGAUUUUAUCAAGGAGAGGGGGAGGGCGUACUACGAGGCGUUGAAGGGGAGUGGGUGGGGAGGGCAGGCGGAGCUGCUGGAGUCGGAAGGGGAGAACCAUGUGUUUCAUCUCCAGAAUCCCACUUGCGACAGUGCCGUGGCCAAGAUGGAGCGCGUGAUUGCUUUCCUGAAUCGCGAGUGAGUUGCUGCGCUGUGGUCCUGAGACUCACGUGGCCUGCAGAAUUCUGGAAUAAUAUUGUUGGCUGGACUUAUGCUCUUGUUGUUUUUCAGAGUAGGCAGGUUUGGUUUGGUUGAAAAUUCAGCCAUGGAAAUGGAUGGGUCCAUUUGUAAUCUGCAGGGUGGUCCUGGCUCGCUCCAUAUAUGUUGGAAAAUGAAAUAACGUGCAAAUAUUUCCAAUAAUUUCAAAUAAUUAAAA